AUGGCUCUCCGCGCGCAGUUCGAAAACAGUAACGAUAUUGGGGUAUUCUCUCGCCUAACCAAUGCAUAUUGUCUUGUCGCUUUCGGGGGUUCUGAAAACUUCUAUAGCGUAUUUGAAGGUGAAUUAGGCGAUGUCAUUCCUAUAAUCCACACGUCAAUAGCUGGAACACGUAUUGUAGGACGAUUAACAGUGGGCAACCGCAGGGGACUUUUAGUGCCAGUUACAACUACUGACCAAGAAUUACAACAUCUUCGCAACAGCCUUCCUGAUUCUGUCAGAAUCCAGCGCAUCGAAGAACGACUUUCCGCUCUCGGCAAUGUGAUUGCAUGUAAUGAUCACGUCGCGCUUGUUCAUCCAGAAAUUGAUCGAGAAACACAAGAGAUCAUUCGAGACGUGUUGGGCGUUGAAGUAUUUACACAGACUAUUGCAAAAAAUGUACUCGUUGGGAGUUACUGUGCCAUAAGCAAUCACGGAGGAUUGGCAGGCACGGUCAAUAGAGGAUCGGAAGUGAUCGGUGCCGGUCUAGUUGUAAAUGAUUGGUGCGCGUUGACGGGAGUUGAUACAACGGCAACGGAAUUAUCGGUAAUUGAAAGAAUUUUCCGACUUCAAGAUGCUCAGCCAUCGGCUAUUGUCACAGAAAUGAGGGACCCAUUGCUGGAUUCUUUAUAA